AUGAAGAUGCUGAGCGUGGCGUCGCUCGAGGACCUCAACACUUUCGAGUGCCACAACAACUGGGGCAUCCUCGAACCUCCAGCAGACAGUAUCAAGCACCGUACCGAAGCGGCGGAGGGAGGCAAGCUGGAUCUGAUCCUUGUGCCGGGGCUCGCCUUCUCUCGAAGUGGGCAACGGCUGGGUAAGGGCAAGGGCUACUACGACCGCUACAUUGCGCACGCCGAGCGAAUCGCAGAGCAGCACAACCGCCCACGACCACACUUGGUCGGUUUGGGAUUUACGGAGCAGCUCGAGGAGGACAUUCCCACGCUGCCUCAUGACCGCACGCUCGACCUGGUGCUCACGCCCGAUGAUGACGAUCACGAGGUUCCCGACUCGUGA